AUGAAACCCAACGUUCUGUACGCGGCGCUUCUAUUCCUCAUCGCUUGUUUUGCGUUGAGCCUUCGCUUUAGCUCGCUACGGGGCCAGUCAGCGCUAUCUGGUAAUGUCCCUAUGUUGGUGGACGGGGACGAGUCGAAGGGUGAUCCGGCGCGAGCUGAAGAUGUUCGCGAUGGAGAUAGGAUCCAACCGACCGAGUCUCUCGCGCCUACUAGGCGACCGGCUAUCACUGAUCUUGUGCCGGUGCAAACGCCCGCCUCGGCGCAGUGGACGAUUGACGAGGAGUUUCACCGGGACGGAGUGAUUGUUAUGGGACGACUGGAAAGUGAAGAUGUGAGCUGGGUUAUGAAGGAGCUGCCCGAAUGGCAGCAUGCGAUCUACACCGUGGAUAAUCCAGACGCGCCGCUCCGGGUGAAGAAGAAUAAAGGCCGAGAGGCCAAUGUGUAUCUACAGUACAUCAUCGACAACUACCACAAACUCCCCGAAACCAUCAUCUUCCUCCACAGCCACCGCGACGGUAUCAAGGGAUGGCACACCGAGUUCUACGAUCACAGCAACGUGAAGACCGUCCGCAUGCUGAAAGUCGACUUUGUCCAGCGCAACGGCUACGUCAAUUUACGCUGCGACUGGUACCCCGGCUGUCCGGAUGAAGUGCAGCCGUUUCGCGAGCCCCGCGACGAAGGCCGCCAUGCGGAGCAUGCGUUUCCAGACGGUUGGCAUUACUUUUUCAACGGGACGAAAGUUCCCGAAGUCGUUGCGGUUCCUUGUUGCGCUCAGUUUGCGGUGUCGAGGAAGCAGAUCCUCGAGCGUCCGCUGAGUGAUUAUCUUCGGUAUCAUCAGUGGGUCAUGGAAACGUCGUGGGAUGAUGAUACUAGCGGGAGGGUUAUGGAGUACAUGUGGCAUAUUAUAUUUGGCCAGGAGCCUGUAUAG